CCACGAUGAACAGGCCACCACCCGCUGUGCUCUCUACGCCUGGGUUUCCGCACUAUGGGCUUGCUUGGUCUCCGUUUCACAGCAAUCGCGUUGCGCUAGCCUCGUCUGCUAACUACGGUCUCGUGGGGAACGGGAGGCUGCACCUCGUCUCUGUCGGACCUGGCCCCGGAGGCGUGCCCGGCCUUUCGAUAGACAAGUUUUACGAGACACAGGAUGGCUUGUACGAUGUCGCAUGGUCAGAAAUCCACGAGAACCAGCUUGUGUCCGCGUCCGGGGAUGGCUCGCUCAAGCUAUGGGAUGUCAUGAUCAACGACCUGCCAAUACGCGCAUGGCACGAGCACACACGCGAAGUGUUCUCCGUCGACUGGUCAAACAUCAAUAAGGACCAAUUCAUCUCGUCUUCAUGGGAUGGCACGGUGAAACUGUGGACGCCAGACCGACCACGGUCAAUAACGACCAUACACGCACACCAAUCCUGCGUAUACCAAGCUGCUUUCUCCCCCCACCAGCCCGACCUGAUCGCGACGUGCUCUACCGAUGGCACCGUCAAGAUAUUUGACCUCCGCGCCCCAGCAUACACGCCAUCCGGGCCCACCACUAACAACUUCACCGCACCCCUCACAGCUGCCGCACUCACCGUGCCCGCGUCCGGCACAGAGGUGCUCUCGCUCGACUGGAACAAGUAUCGGCCGUUCGUGCUCGCGAGCGCGGGCGUGGACAAGGCUAUCAAGGUGUGGGACUGCCGCAUGGUCAAGCUAGGCCCUGAGGCCGCGCAGAACCCGGCGGUCGGCGGCGCGUGCGAGACGCAGCUUAUGGGGCACGAGCUUGCCGUGCGGAAGAUCCAGUGGAGUCCGCACCGCGCGGACAUGAUUGCGAGCGCAGGAUACGACAUGACUUGCAGAGUAUGGACGACGACACCCCCGCCGGGCGGGAAGCACCUUCUUUAUAUCCACGACCCGCACACCGAGUUCGUCAUCGGCUGUGGGUGGUCGUUGUACGAGGAGGGCGUGUUGGCGAGUUGUAGCUGGGAUUGUAGGCUGAAUGUAUUCCGUGUAUAGUAUGAACUCACUUGCGAGAAACGACUCGGAGGCAACGCG